UCUGAUUUUACGCCAGGAAGGACGGAUCAAGGAAUCUCUUGAACUGUUCCAGACUUGUACGCUGCUCAACCCACAAAGUUGUGAACACCUCAAACAGGUGGCUCGGUCAUUAUUUCUUUUGGCUCGUCAUAAGGCUGCUUUAGAUGUGUACACAGAAGCAAUAAAGCUCUCCCCCCGAGACUGGGAAAUAUUCCACAACCAAGGGGUGUGCUACAUGUAUCUGGGAGACUUUGCCAAGGCAAAGGAGUGUUUGCGAGUAGCACUGGAAUGCCGCCGUCACGAAAUCUCAUACAUCAUGCUGGGGAAGAUUCACCUGAUGGCGGCAGACAUGAAUGGUGCUAUAGAUAUCUACAGGAGUGCCGUCGAGUUUUCUCCCGAGAACCCUGACCUUCUGACGACCCUAGGUUUACUUUAUAUGCAGGUUGGUCAGUUCCAGAAGGCCUUUGAGAACCUGGGUAAUGCGAUGACCUUUGACCCUUGCCACACAAAGGCCAUCAUGGCAGCAGGAAGUAUGAUGCAGAGUCACGGCGACUUUGACGUAGCUCUGACAAAAUACCGAAUCGCAGCCGUCAACACGCCCGAGAGUCCACAGCUUUGGAACAAUAUUGGGAUGUGCUUCUUCGGGAAGAAGAAAUUCGUAGCAGCCAUCAGCUGCCUGAAAAGAGCGAUUUACCUGGCUCCGUUUGACUGGAAGAUCCUCUACAACCUUGGUUUGGUACAUCUCACCAUGCAGCAGUACGCGUCGAGUUUCCACUUCCUGAGUGCGGCCAUCAGCUUCAAACCCAAGACGGCUCAGCUGUACAUGCUGCUAGCAGUUUCUUUGACUCACCUGGAAGAUCCUGACAAUGCUAAACAGGCGUACGAACAAGCCGUGACACUAGAUCAAAAUGAUCCGUCCAUUUCGUUGAACUAUGCUGUGUUCUUGUACAACACUGGCGAGAGGAAACUGGCAUCAAAGCAGUUCUCGUCGUUUGAAAACAAGAUGCGAGCACUGAAAUCAAACUCGUCCAAUGUCGAUCAAGAGUUGAUCGACGUGGCAGGUAAACUGGGGCCGGCGCUGCAGGUCGGGGAGAGCUUGGUGUGGAAGAAAGAUGAGACAACUCCAGCCACCCCGUCCGGUCAGCGACCAGCAACAUCGUCCGCGGUUGAGGCCACAGUGCUGGCAACGCCCGACAUCGACCGCGAGUCGGUGUUCAGCCCCACGAGAAGAACCAACCCAACUCCAUCGGCAACACCGGCUCCAUCGGCAACACCAGCUCCAUCAGCUGUACCUGUUCCAUCGGCAACACCAGCUCCAUCAGCUGUACCCGUUCCAUCAGCAACACCAGCAAAUGACCCAUGGCAAACUCGUACUGAACUAGCUGCUGGUGACGGGGCCCUGGGAUCAAAUCCCACUGCUGACCCGGAUCCAUUCCCAGCAUCCCUUGUAGAGAGUGCUACUGCUGAGAAAAAGGACGACGCAUUCGCCUCACCGAGCCCCCAUGCUAAGAAAGGCAGCGCUCUGCCUCCACUUGGUAGACGGGGGCUGGAACCUCUAGCCCCUCUCAGUGGCCUGGCCAGCGCCCCGACUCCACCUGAUAAUGACCCGGAAGACGAUGAAAUUGAAAACGAAAAAUCAAAACCUCAAAAAAUUGCUCUCCCCCUGUCUUAGUAUUUCAAACAUUUCUUAAUACUUUACUGUUUAGUGUUUAAGAAAUUUAAUUAUGGAAUUUGGCUUCUUUUUUCAAAAACGAUUAAAAAGCUCAAAAAUUUCUACUUGGAAAAAUAUUUUAAAAGAUUAAACAGAAAUGUAUAUUUGGGGAAUAUUAUUAUUAUGCAUUGAAACAAGAACAAUUUUUUAUUUAUUUUUAUCCCAGCUGUCGACUUAGAUAUUUGCAAUGACAUCAAAUAAGUGUUUGGCUCACAUAACACAAUGUGAACUAAAAGGAUAAAAUGUUAGCAAUAUAUGCACUAUAUUUUGGUGAAUAUCUCAACUUUCGUUUUAUUGUCAGACUUUCAAACUAGUGAGCAAAAAAAGAAACAUAAUUUUUUUUCAUGAAACAAUUAAUUUGGUAAAUAGACGGUCUUAAUGGCACUUAUAUCUCCACUAAAUAUCCAUACUUUUAAUAGACACAAAAUCUAAUGAGAUUCAAAUUCAAUAAUUGUAAAUAAAUUGAAGAAAACGUAA